GUAAUGCGCUCCGACCUCGCCCCGCGGUGACGUUCCCGCCUGCCAUUGGCGGACGCUUCCGGCUGCGUUUCCGGUGCGAUAUUACCAAGGCAGGGACGGGCGGUGGUUGGUUUCUAGGCUGUUGGCCGGGGACUGACUGACGGAGCCGGCAAGAUGAAGCGCGGCGCCGAGAAGCUGAGCGGGCAGCCCCGCGCCAACGGCUGCAGCCUCACCGGGCACCACGGCGGCGGCCUGAAGAACGGCUACGUGAGAGGCUUCCCAGGAGCAGAGCCCCAUGGCCAGCUCCCGCAUAUUGCUCACAAUGGAGGCUUGUAUAAAAGACCUUUCAAUGAAGCUUUUGAGGAAACGCCAAUGCUGGUUGCUGUACUGACUUAUGUAGGCUAUGGUGUCCUCACCCUUUUUGGGUAUCUUCGAGACUUUCUGAGGCAUUGGAAAAUCGAGCACUGUCAUAAUGCAACAGAAAGAGAAGAACAAAAGGAUUUUGUCCCUUUGUACCAGGAUUUUGAAAACUUCUAUACAAGGAACCUCUACAUGCGCAUUAGGGAUAGCUGGAGCAGACCACUCUGCAGUGUACCGGGAGCCAAAGUAGACAUAUUAGAGCGGGUUUCCCAUGACUACAAUUGGACAUUCAAGUACACAGGAAAAGUGAUAAAAGGCGUAAUUAACAUGGGGUCCUACAACUACCUUGGGUUUGCAGAGAACACUGGAGUUCGCAAGGAUGCCGUGGCUGAAGUUCUUUCGCAGUAUGGAAGUGGGGUGUGCAGCACUAGGCAAGAGAUGGGAAACCUGGACAAACACGAGGAGCUAGAAACAUUAUUGGCCAGAUACCUUGGUGUGGAAUCCGCUUUGUCAUAUGGGAUGGGAUUUGCAACCAACUCAAUGAAUAUUCCUGCUUUGGUUGGCAAGGGCUGUCUAAUACUGAGUGAUGAGUUGAAUCAUGCAUCUCUAAUAUUAGGAGCAAGACUUUCAGGAGCAACAAUUCGAAUCUUCAAACACAAUAAUAUGCAGAGCUUGGAGAAGCUGCUCAAAGAUGCCAUUGUGCAUGGGCAGCCACGCACACGCCGACCAUGGAAAAAAAUUCUCAUCAUUGUCGAAGGCAUUUUCAGCAUGGAGGGAUCCAUAGUCCGGCUUCCUGAAGUAAUUGCCCUUAAGAAAAAGUACAAAUCAUACUUGUACUUGGAUGAAGCUCAUAGUAUAGGAGCAUUGGGCCUCAAUGGCCGGGGUGUAGUGGACUAUUUUGGACUUGACCCUGAGGAUGUGGAUAUCAUGAUGGGAACAUUCACCAAGGCUUUUGGAGCUGCUGGAGGAUACAUUGCAGGCAAGAAAGAGCUGAUUGAUUACCUUCGUGUCCAUUCACACAGUGCAGUAUAUGCCACUUCGCUUUCCUCCCCUGUUAUUGAGCAAAUCAUCGCAUCAGUGAAGUGCAUUAUGGGUGAAGAUGGCACAACCCUUGGAAGGCAGCGUAUACAACAGUUGGCUGACAACAUCAAGUAUUUCCGAAGACGGCUUAAGGAAAUGGGCUUCAUCAUCUAUGGAAAUGAAGACUCACCUGUUGUACCUUUGAUGCUGUAUAUGCCAGCAAAAAUUGGUGCAUUUGGACGAGAGAUGUUGAAAAGGCACAUAGCCGUUGUGGUCGUGGGUUUUCCUGCCACUCCGAUCAUUGAAUCCAGAGCCAGAUUUUGUCUGUCUGCAGUGCUUACCAAAGAGAUACUUGAUAUUGCUUUAAAGGAAAUAAAUGAAGUUGGAGACCUCUUGCAGUUGAAAUACUCCCGGCAUCGACUGGUACCUCUCCUUGACCGUCCUUUUGACGAGACAACAUACGAAGAGACUGAAGACUGAGUUCUCUCCCUGUCUUUUGAUAGACAAGGCACACUCCUCAGAACUCUGUGUGGCUCAAAGACCAAGAUUCUUGAACCAAACACUGACGGACUGCUUAGCAUAAACAGAACGACUUUUUACUCACAAAACUGAAGUGGCAACAACAACUAGAACUGGUGUGUUGUGAAAAGCAAAACAAAACCUAGCUUUUCUUCCUAUUGCUUUAAGGUCUUGCCCUAGGGAGGAGUUUGGCUUACAUUUUUAAAAUGCUGAUUCCUUAUUUGUUUGUCACAAUGAGAUCGCGGCGGCCACUGUUGGCAGUGAGUGUGUUCCCCAUCGCGCUGCAAGGUGGGCAUUGCUAAGGAUGCUGCAGUGCUUCUGUCACGAUGUUUUCGUUUUCAUGACUACAGUCUAACCUCCUUGAGAGUGCAAGACCAGCCAGUUUAUUCAGCUAAGGCUUCUGAUGAAAUCAUUGACAGCUAGCUAAUUUGAAUAUAUUUAACAUGAAAUAAUCAACCAAAGUCUUUUCCUUGUCCCUUUACAUAGUGCUUUUUUUUUUUUGGUCUUUAUUAUUACAAUGGUGAUUGACUUGCCUCUUAAGGACUGUUAGUCAGUUCUUUAAGGGACAAAGCAGGAAUCCUCCCAGGGCCUUUAUCCAUCAUGAUAUUUCAGACUGGGUUCCAAGUGUUCCUUCAUUAGAGUAAGUAGCAAAUAACAUUUCAGAGCAGGAUAGAACUUUGUGGACAUUUCCCUUUCCCUGUUUAGAAUUCCUUCAGCUCCAAGGUGUCACCACAAUUCCAGUUUCCAGGAUGAAUUCUAGUGUUGCUUGUUGGAUUAAUGAGUGUCUGCCUUUAGCUCUGGUGUGUGUGUGUGUGUGUGUGUGUGUGUGUGUGUGUGUGGUCAGAUGAAGAACCAGAUUGGGAGGGAGUAGCAUUCCAAACCACCUUCCUUUUCCUCCUUUCACAUAUUCCUGCUCUACCUUUUGGCAGAGCUAAUGAUGCAGCUCUUCAAAACCUGAAUGCUGAAGGUCUGCCUCCUCAGAGGGCCUUCUGUGAUACUUGAAUUGCUCUUGCUAUAUUGAUACCAAUUAGGUGUUUGCUGUGGCCACAGAAGGUAGGCAGCACAAGGCAAAACCCCAUUACAACAUGUAUGUAUUUUUUGAAGUUGCUUUUGUAGCAAUCUGUGUUAUCAAGAGCAUUUCCCAAAUACACAAAGAUAGGGGUGGGAAUGAGACUAUUAGUCUGGUGGGUUUCUUUGUGCAAGUGGAAGCGGCCAUUUUAUUAGCACAAUAUGAAAAUACCUUGAUCUUUGGAUAUUUGCCUCAAAAUAUUUAAGAAUAGCCUUGGAAGCAAAAAAAAAAAUAUGCCUUGUUCAAUUUUUAGAAAAAUCAUGUUGGAGAAUUUGAUUCUCAGAAGCAUACUAAACUAAGAAAAUAACUGCUGUUGACUAUGUCUUCCAGUGAAUUCAGUUACAAUGGCUAUUAUUUAAUUUACUAAAAAUCCUAUAUAGGCUGUUCAUUGGCAGAAGUGCAGUGUGCUGUUUUCGCACAUAUGCAUUAUGAAGUCAAAGUAUCCAUGGUUCAACUUCAUACUCUUUAACCACGUAUUUUUUUUAACUUUUUGCACGGAGGAAACCUCCCCACUUGUACAUUUCCAGUAAAUUAUUGCGAAGGAUUAUGCAUAACAGUAGAAAAUUCUGAGCAGCUGAAGAUCUGCCAGCUUGCUUAAAGAGCCUCUGCUUAGCCUCUCAAUAUGGCAAGUACUUCAGCUAGGUCAGGGCAAGGAUUUCCAAAGUCUGAUUCAGAAUUAAGGAAUAAUAAUACUUGACCAAAGAACAGAUUGUAGUUGCUAAUAUUGUGCAGUGCCACUUGCCAAGGCCUGAAACAAAGGCAGAACUAAGGUUUUGCGAUUGUGUUUCCAAGUCAUAUGCUGGCACGGAGUUUUUGAUCAUGUGUUGAACAUGUUAGAUAAUUUGAAACUUAACAGUAAAAUAAUAAUAAUUUUAUGCUGUAUAUACUGAGCCGUGUGGCCUUAGCACCAAGAGCCAAAUGCACAGGAAGUGGGAAAGAGUCAAAAUAGCAUCUAAAAGUUUCCAUUUCACCUAAAUUCUUGGUAUCCCACAAAUAACUUGAAAUGUGUUCACUAUAAACUGGCUUUGCUGGAAAUAGUGGUCUUCAUUUCCACUAGAUCUCAACUAUGCUUCUUUUGGGGACCUGCCACCACCCUCCAUCUGUGUCAAUGCCAGAUCAUGAUAUAAUAAUAUUAUAUAUCCUAAUAAUUCCUAAGACCUUCUGCCCAGGAUUACUGAGAGUACUGGGAAUGACAACCCUAUGUUUCUGUAUCAAGCUGCUUAAGGGCGGCACCACGCAUAGCUGUUUCAGGAAGCAUUGGUGUUGCAGGCAGUGCCUUCUGCAGCAAACAUGUCAAGUGCAGUGAGAAGAGAUUUUGGUGUUUGUUCCAACAGUCAUAAAAGUGGUGCUGCCCUAACCUAGUUUACACCAGGACUUCUGUGGGACCUGUGGCCCUCGUAAGUGUUGUAUGGCCACCACAUCCAUUAUCUCUGGCCAUUGACCAUGCUGAUAGAUGAGAGUUGGGAGUUCCAACAAACGACCUGGAUUUCCCUUCCAUGGUCUAGAACCCUAGACAGGACCAAAUAUAAGGAUUCAAUAGUUUAAAAAUCCAUUCCUUGGGAUUCAGCUAAGGAACUGACUGUCCUUGCACUCAACUGACUUCAUCCCAACAUCAGGUGAUGCAGUUUGGCAAGACUGCUAGUUCAACAGCUGAAAAGCUUUCAUUUAAAAAAAAUCAACCAUUCUGUCUUCAUAAUUAUGAAUGUUGUCAUGUGUAUGCAUGUGCACGCACAUAGUCUUAGGAUGAUACAAAGCUACUUUGAGAGGAAAGCAGGUGUGUGAAAUAAAUGCAGGCCAUUUUUAAGCAUGUUUUUGUUAACAUUUUCCACAAUUGCAUUAGCAGAAGUACUUCAGUGACAUCUUCAAGGGGAACUGGAUGACUUAGCUGAGUGAAUGAGGUCAGGUGGUAUGUCUGAAAGCUGAACUGAAUACUUAAACUGUACAGGAGGACAAUGUGAUACUGCCCAGGAAAGGUUUUUGUGUGUGCUUUGGGUGAUGGGUAGGGAAGAAGGAAAAUGCAGGAGACAAAUGCCUUGCUGCCUCAUCUGCUGUUUUUCUUUUUCUUUGUAUCCUUUGGUGUAGAGUUGGAUGCCAGUAUCAGGUGGAGUCAAUAUAUCAGAAUAUCCAGUACCCGAUAUUUAACAUAAGAUUUAUUUGACACUGUGUCAGCAUGUCUCUUGUAUUCCCGCCACACACCAAUAUUUUCCAAGUCUUCUCAUUCCAGGAAAGAUUAUAGCGUCAGUUUGGGGAUUCUUACGAUUCCCACACUCAACGUACAGUGUGGUAUGAUAUGGCUGAUGGGCAUGAACGACAACUUCCCUAGGUUUUGAAAGGGCUGUUUGUUGCCUGUAUGAUCAAUCUUUGGGAAAAGCAGGUAAAAUUGUAUUUUUUGCAGGACGUUGGGUGGUCUUCUGAAAGAACUGAUUUCUUGCCAAGGAGAAUAUUCCCAAAUAUCAAGAGUGCACUCCAGACUUGCUUGGCUUGAUAAUCUAGACAGCUUAUCCAGAAGAGGACAGUGAAAAAUUGCAGCCCUCACUAUACCAAAUAACAGAUUGCUUGUGUUGGAGCAAGCAAGCUUGAACCUUACGCUUCUCUGAAACCCACAUUAUCAGUAGCAGCUGACAUGCUUUUGCAUGUUGAAUUUCAUGUACAAACGGAAAGGCCAGGAAGACCCAAGAAAGAUCACUUUCAGUGGUGAUAGUGGGGGUUAUGUUUGGUCUCUGAACCUUAAUUUGUUGGAGGGAAGGUGUUCCCCCCCCCCAAGGGCAAGCAUAGAGAGCAAGAGGAAAGGAACAAACAUUGCCGGGGUCAAAGGAACAAACAUACAGGGCUGUGUAUCCACCUGGCAACUUGUGGUUUUCCUUAGCUGCCCCUCCAUGGUGAUUAUCCACCCCUGCCCUCACUUUUAAAACAGGGAUGAGCCUUUGAAGGCUACCUACUGCUGUGGGUCUGGCUGCCUUGGGACCAGAGUUUGAAAUAUAUGGGACCAUCACAAAACUAAUUGUUUUCAUUUUUUAUGUUCUCCUGAAAAUGAGGGUUCGAGUCAUGUAACUCAGUGGUCCUCAACCUUGGGCCUCCAGAUGUUUUUGGCCUACAAAUCCCAUGAUCCCUAGCUAGCAGGACCAGUGGUCAGGGAAGAUGGGAAUUGUAGUCUCAAAACAUCUGGAGGCCCAAGGUUGAGGACCACUGAUGUAGCUUCUGUUCUUACUGAGAGGUUAUUCCACGCCCCCCCCCCCCCCGAAUUCUUUGUACUCUGGUCUAGGUUCUAGAGUCAAUGUGACACAGCGUGUUGCAGAGAAAACAGACAUUGUCUUUCUGGUGCUUGUCUCUUCCAAAUACACAUAAUUGGGAAAUGCUCAGGUUCCUGCUGAUGGAUACUUUAAAGGAUGCUUAUGCUGAAAGAUGCGCUUGCACACUUCAGAUUUGUUGUGUUGUGCAUUUUGUACUUUGAUGUCUGAAAAGGAAAGCCGAAUUCUCUGCAGUGGUGAUGCACAUUUCCUGUAUUUGCAUUGGGGGGCAAUGGGAGGAAUAUUAAUUAGGCUUAAUGCUAUUCUUUUUUUAAUUAAAAAACAACAACCCAGCUUUAAAAUGUUUUGGUGCUUGGCACAACUGAAACUUUUCCAAAGAACAGAAAUUGUUUUCAGAUACUCUCUUCCAUUUAGUAAUUUAAGAUGAUACAGGGUCUGUUCACAUGUUGAUAGGUCAGUAUCAAGCUAAAAGUGGUGCAGGAUGACAGCUAAUUCUUAUCCCAGUUUCCCAGAGUUGUAGGCUCACACACAAUGUUUUACCACGCACACACUUAUCUGCUUGACAUUUUCCACAGAAAAUAUUAAAAUAAUGCACCUUCAUGGUGAUAGUUUGUAUAUUUCAUCAAGGGGGCUUAUACUUUCUCCCUAAAGCAGUAAAUACCGAUGGUCACCUCAUUAGGGUGAAACGAAUGUUUCAUCAUUUAAAACUUAACAAUGUGAUUUACAUUGGGCUGGCUUCAUCAUAUCAGAACAAAUGUGGGAAAUUUGCUUGUAAACAUACAUCCUGGGAGGUUUAUAAUAUGAAGCAUUCAUGUGGUCUUACCCUCCGUUUGAUGGUGUGAUUUUUAGAUUUGCUGCUUUGAGCUCUGUUUGUGAAGAAGGUUGAAAGGGGCCCAUGCCAGGUUUAAGAGCUGCUCUUGCCCCUCUGUGUUGCACUUGACUUGAUCGAAUGGAUCUUUUUUUAUGGGGCUGCUGUAAAGCUAAUGAUCUAAUGGAAAACUUAACUUAUUUAUCUAUGGCAGCUGGCAAGUGUGUUUCUGGAGCAGCUGGGAUGUGCCAAGAGGUGACAUGACUACCAAAACACUUUCCACAAACAAAAGUGCACUGAAAUAUGCAAACCUUCCCUGUGUUGUCCAUUUGCCAAACAUGCCAUCCUUGGCCAGUAUUUCAGCAACCCCUGCCCCAAAAGUAUCUCUUGCAUUUAUGUGCAACUAUAGAGGUGGUCAGAUUUAGGAGGAAAGUGGAGGCAGGACCUACCAUAUGGAGCCUGAGGCUUAAGGCUAAUUUAUUGGUCUCUAAGCUAAUGGUGGCCCAUAUUUUUAUAGCCCUAGACUUGCCCUUGAAGCCACAAGUUCUAAGUCUUAAAUUGCACUGUGCUCCUAUGCCUCUCUGUUGGUAAUAAUGUACAUAUAGCCUAGAUUUUUUGUAGAUAUUAAAUUUUAAAUGACAUUUUUAAUUACCUCCCCCCAAAAUACUUCCCUUCCCGACAUGACUUUUUUUACACCUUGAACAAUUAACACGAAGUUGGGUACCAUGUGGGUAGGGAGGAAGAAGAGAAGCAGAUCCUACAUUGGCUUUUAAGUAACAAUGCAUGUUAAGCGGAGAGAAACUGUUUGACAAAAUCUAGCUAUGUUCUGCUUAAUAAAGAAUUCACCAAUA